CCAUCCUCCAUUCUUUCACUUCGCUCAGCCCUGAACACCCUGCGCACACCCAAUCAACCACUCCCGGCCAUCUACCGGCUAGCAUCACCUUCGCCUCCGCCUCCGCCUCCCCGCUGUCUCCCUACAAAGCAUGUGGUCCUUGCGGUGCCGAGCUUAACAUCGGAAGACAUAUCGACAUUUGCGCCAGUUGCGCCGACAGACCUCAGCUGCCCUGACGACCCCACGAUCCCCUCUAUAUUCUACCUUAAUUCCAGCCAAGAUACACAACCUCAACCAUGGAUCUCGCCAACACCCUCAUUCGCAGCGUCGUGCGCGCCUUCUACGAGACCCGUCACAUUCUCGUCGUCGAUGCGCUCUUCAUCCACUCCGUUCUCCACGCCGAAGACCUCGCCUUCCUGCUCGGCAUGCAACAAAAAGACCUUCGUAAACUAUGCGCCAAGUUGCGCGAAGACCGUCUAAUCUCCGUUAACACCCGCGCAGAGAUCCGCGACGGAUCUACCCGCCCUGUCAAUCGCGAAUACUACUACAUCCCACUGCACCCCGUGAUCGACGCGAUCAAGUACAAAGUCUCCAAGUUAACCUCGACCAUCAAAGCGCAGUACACGCCGAGCCAAGAACGGAAAGAAUACAUCUGCCUCCGAUGCAGCGCGGAAUGGACCGAGCUCGACGUACUAAGUCUCUAUUCCGAGGAAGGCUUCGAGUGCCAAAACUGCGGAGCGAUCCUCGAACGUACCGAGGACGUCAAAGGUGCCGAGGGCAUCGACCGGACCGGCCACGAGAAGAACAGCAAGCUAAUGAACCAACUCGACACGAUGCUCAAACUCCUCAAACAGAUCGACACCGUCGAGAUCCCCCCCAACGAUUUCGACACCGCCUGGGACCACAAGGUCGACGUCAUCCGAAACCAGCAGACCCAUCCAACCCGCGCGGCGGUAAUCGUCCCCUCCAAACAACAAGAAGCCGUCCGCGGCAACACCAAGACCGACGCCGCCGCCCUGGAAAUCUCCCUAACAUCCAGCGCCGAGAAAAGCGCCGCCGAACAAGCCGCCGAAGCGGCGCGCAAAGCCGCAGUCGAGAAACAGAACGCCCUCCCCGUCUGGCACACGCAUUCGACGGUGUCCACCUCCGCUGGAAACGUCCCCCGGGUCAAAUCCGAGACCGACCUCGACAUCAAGCCCGAGAUCAAAUCGGAAGACGAAGAUCGCAAACCAGAGCUGGAUGCCCUGGACGACAAGGUCGCUGCGUACUAUGCCGAGAUGGAGCGCGAAAAGGCCCUCCAGGCCCAGGAGGAUGCCAGUAGUGCUGAGGAAGAUUCCGACGACUUUGACGAGGAAUUCGAGGACGUCGGAGGCGUGUCCGCCAGUGACGCCGCUUCUCCUGCUGUUAAUUCUACUCCGACGACAGGUGGUGGUGCCGGGGGACCGACCAGUGCACCGAUGAAUACUACGAACUCCUCAAUGGGCAUCAAGAGGGAGCUGGAUACGGAUUAUUCGAGUGUCAGCGCUUCCCAAACGGCGGUGGCUACGCCAUCCACGGGCGGGGAUGAGGGACCCGCGUCGAAGAAAAUCAAGGUUGAGCCCGAGGUCAAGAAAGAAGAAGAGUCGGACGAGGAUGACGAUGAGGAGUUUGAAGAUGUAUAGCAUCUGCUCCAUUUCAAUUCUCAUUUCACCCCCUUUGCUACGGGCGCUGGCGCCUGUUACACACGAUACAUGAGAUCUACCCUGGGCACUCAAUAUUUGUUCACUCGUGACUCAGUCCCGGUCCGGCCGGGACGUAUGAUAGACGAAUGUAAGAUUAGAAUAGUCCCUUUGAUGUGGGAUAACAAGUCCUCAAGUUUCAUCAGAUUUGGAGCCAACACGUGUGCAAGAUCACAUCCCG